GGUCCCUCAAACGACAAACACCCAUCCACGAUGCUCCGAAUUUUCCACAUACCCCAGGCAGAUCCCAACCCCAUCAUUUUGGCUGGUUCACCAUGGCCUAUUAUCUGGAUUUUGGCGGCUUAUCUGCUGUUUGUUUUCAAAUUCGGCAAGCUACUGAUGAAGAAUCGAAAGCCCUUCGAUUUGAAAGUAGUUCUAAAGGUUUACAAUAUCAUGCAAGUGAUAUAUAAUGGAAUUUACUUUGGAGUGGUAUUCUACUACAUGUUCAUCGAGGGCAUUUGCAAUCUUCGGUGCAUGGAGAGCUUUCCCCAGGGGCACACGCACAAGCAACUGGAACGAGUGGUGCAUGCCGCGUAUUUGAUCAACAAGGUGCUCGACCUACUGGACACCGUGUUCUUUGUGCUGCGAAAGAGCUUCAAGCAGGUCACCUUCCUGCAUAUAUACCACCAUGUGUUCAUGGCCUUUGGAAGCUAUGCGCUGACCCGAUAUUAUGGCACUGGUGGCCAUUUGAAUGCAGUGGGAUUACUCAACUCCCUGGUGCACACGAUCAUGUAUAGUUACUACUUCCUGUCCUCGGAAUAUCCCCAAGUGAAGUCCAAUAUCGGAUGGAAGAAAUACAUAACACUGACCCAGAUCAGCCAGUUCUUCUUGAUCUUCAGUUACGCUUCUUAUGUGCGAUUCUUCUCGCCAAACUGCGGCGUUCCCCGUGGAAUUCUCUAUUUGAACAUGCUGCAAGGCGUAGUCUUCAUUUGUCUGUUUGGCAAGUUCUACAUCCAGACCUACCUGCGAUUACCUAAGACCCCUAAAUCGAAGCAGCCGUAGUCUAAUCUAGAAAUCACCCUCUCCCCUUUUCCCCUUCCCCUUUUAAUAUAUUCGAGUGCAUUCAAUUAGUCAAACUAACUAAACACGCGCUCCUUGUCCUUGGGAAAGUCAAACUGUCUCUGGGACUUUAGGCCGAUGAACUUUAGGAUAAAGAAUAGCCAAGCUAUAUCUCAAAUAAAUCGAAUAAAAGUA